AUGAUGUCUCUUAUUCGCAUGAUCAAGCCGCAAACUAUGGCGACGGCGGUGCGUAACGUGCACGUGGAACGCAAGCUGAAAGAGCUGGGCUACACGCUACCGGCCGUAGCUGAGCCAAAGGGUAACUAUCGUACGUCGGUGCGUUCGGGUAACACCAUCUAUUUGGCUGGUCACCUGCCUCAGCCUGCAGGCGGGGACCUCAUCCUGGGCAAGAUUGGCAAGGACCUGACACCGGAGCAGGGCUAUGAUGCUGCCCAUUACGUGGCGCUCAGCCUUAUGGCCACUCUCAAGCAGGAGUUGGGUGACCUGGACAAGAUCAAGCGAGUGGUAAAGCUCGUGGGCUUUGUCAAUUGCGUGGAUGGCUUCUCGCAGCAACCGGCCGUCAUCAACGGCGCUUCCGACACCAUUGGAAAGGUGUUUGGAGACAAGGGCAUUCAUGCUCGCUCAGCUGUGGGCACCAAUGCCCUUCCGCUAAACGUCGCGGUCGAGAUCGAAGCCAUUGUCGAGAUCGAAGAGUAA